UUACAGGUGAAAUAUAGUCUCUGAAGUAAUUCACUUUAAUAUGGUUCAAGUAAAGCCCCUCAAUGAUGUGUUACAAAAAGUUGCUAUUGAAGAAUUAGGUGAAGUACCAUCAAGGAUACCGGAGGAUUUGGAAUACCUCAAGACAUGGAUAAGUCAACAACCACAUUUAAGAGCUCGUACCGAUGAUCAAUUUCUUAUACAAUUCCUAAGAGGCUGUAAAUAUAGCCGGGAAAAGGCCAAGCAAAAGUUAGACUACUAUCAUUACAUGAGAACAACCAAGAAGGACCUAUUUCAGCUAACCGAUGUGGAUAACAAAAAAUUUAGAGAUUUUCAUAAUACCGGAGCCAUUUUACCAUUACCAACUCCUCUGAAUGAUACUGGAUGUCGUAUUCUGAUGAUUCGUGCUUCAUUUAAUGCCCAAGAUUUUCUUUUUUCGGAUGGUCUACGCCAAAUUGCUGCUCUGCACGAAAUUGCCUUGAUUGACGACCCAUAUGCUUGCAUUCAAGGUCUGGUCUAUGUCUUUGACUUUUCCAAUUUGACCAAAGACUUUUUGGCCCAUCUUUCACCAGUCUUGUUGAUGAAUCUUUUUAUGAUGAAAGAGAGAGCUGUACCCUUACGUCUAAAGGGUGUUUUCAUCAUCAAUAUGCCAAACUUUGUGGAACAAUUCUUUAAACUGCUGCUGACAUAUAUGCCAGAAAAGCUACAGAAAAGAAUAUUCGUUUGCGGUAAGAAUUUUGAUUCGUUUGGUGAGCACUUGCCCCUUAAAUAUCUACCAAAAGAAUAUGGUGGAGAAAAUGGCUGCUUAGAUGAUCUGUGCAAGGAGUACAAUAAAGUAUGGGAUGAGUUUCGUGAAUUUUUCAAACAGAAUGCCGAGUUUGGCACCGAUGAACAUUUUCGCAUGGGUGAACCACUGCGAUGUGAUGAUGCUGAAUUUGGACCUGGAGGAUCGUUUAGGAAAGUAGAAGUGGACUAAAAAAAUGGUGAUUGGCAAUAAAUUAGAAUAAAAAUUAGUAAUGAUUGAUAUUUAGGAAAAUAAAUGAAUGGUUAAGAAUGA